CUUGGUCAUCGUCAUCCUAUUCGUAAAAUUGUCUACAUUACAAGCAUCGGUAGCAUCAAUAUGUCUGUCACCAUUGCCGCCAUUGGUGCAAUCAGCAUGGCUUUGUUGGUCCAUUAUAUCUGUCGGUCUCUGCUCUUCAGCCCCUUAGCACGAAUCCCAGGGCCCAAAUCGUUUGCGUUGACGAAAUGGCGACUUGCUUCCGAAGACUACCAGGGCACACGCACCCGUAAACUCCAUGCGCUUCAUGAAGAAUAUGGCCCAGUCGUCCGCGUGGGACCAAACGAGGUGACCUUUAACAGUCUUUCCGCGUUGCGUUCAAUAUAUGGAGCCGGGAGUGGUUUCGAAAGAACCAAGUUCUACCACAUGUUUUCAGCAUACGGACGCCAGAACAUGUUCUCGUUUAGUGCAGUGAAACAGCAUGGCGAACGGAAAAAGAUCUUCGCCAAUGCCUACGCUAAAUCUACAAUUCUGAAAGGGGAGACCGCACAUAUGAUUGAAACCAAGGUUAAAAAGUUCAUUGAGCUUUUGGAAAGAGAGAGAGACAACUUAUCUACCGACAUAUUUCCCAUGUUGCAUUAUUUCUCCCUGGACAACAUCACGGAGUUCGUCUAUGGCGACUUUGGUGAAACGGCAUGUCUCGACGGCGUGGAAGAAGACCGUGCUCUUCUUCGCGAUAUAAUGGCUACUGGUAGUCGCAAGCUUUCGUGGCUUACGGUCCAUCACCCGAAAUUCACUGUCUGGCUUUACUCCAAGACAGGGAUAAUGGGCUGCAUUGCUCGCCAGUUCUACCCGAUGCAGGGGCCAAUACCAUACACCGGCAUCAAACUAUACGCAAUGAAUGUUUUCCGGUUAUUCUCUAAUGCCUCAGCCGAGGAGAGGACAAAACAUUCGUCUCUUAUCUCGAAACUCUGGAAGCAUCAUCUCAGUCAGAAAGAGGGCGGUUUAGAUGAUUUUGAUAUUGCGUCUGAAUGCGCAGAUCAUCUCGACGGCGGUAUUGACACCACGAGUGAUACCCUCAUGUUCGCAAUUUGGUCUCUUUCUCGGCCCGAACAUAGGAAGUUUCAGAAGAGACUCAUCGACGAAGUUCAAAGUCUAUCAGAAAAUGACCUCAACGCGGACGGGGUACCACGAGCAGAAGUAACCGACAAGCUGGAAUAUGUUAGUGCAGUGAUCAAAGAAACACUCAGGCUCUUUGCACCGCUCCCAGCAUCAGAACCGAGAUCGCUACCAAAGGACACCACGAUCGAUGGUUAUCCGAUCCCCGCCCAUACAGUCGUUUCAAUUUCACCAUAUGUUCUGCACCGGAACGCAGACGUUUUCAGAGACCCUCGGGCAUUCAACCCAGACCGCUGGCUCGACUCUUCCCAGGACGUUGCACAAAUGAAGAAGUUCUUCUGGGCUUUCUCCAGUGGUGCACGGAUGUGCAUUGGAAUGCACCUCGCCAUGGCGGAGAUGACCACACUUCUGGCGGCCCUUUACCGCAAAUACACAACGCAGAUCAUAAAUGAUUUCGACGUUAUCUCACCUGGUAUAACCAGCCGCUUUGAGGUCUUCUAUGACGAGGACUGCAGUGGCGUACGAGAACACGAAUGCCAAAUUGCGUUUACGCCUCAGUGA